AUGACAGAGAACGUUGAGCUUCUAAUAAACCCGUCAAAUGACUACUGGCAACAACUAUGUAAACUGAUAGUAGAGGAAGAAGACUGGCUCAACGCUCUUCAUGAUUAUGAGACUUGGAGGUCAGCCUUCGGUGAUGAUUUCAAACUCAUCGUCGCUGUGGACAAAGGUAAUCAUAAGUUUUGGUUUUUAACUUUUAGAUGUUUGGCACCAAGGAAGGUUGUAAAAUACGUGCGACGAAUGAUUUUAAAAUCGUAUGUCAUGCACCACGUAUUACAGUAUAUUUUUAUAAGAAUACUCUUUUUGUAUAUUUCAUUUACAAAACAUGUCUUUCUGCCAACAAUUCUCAAAAUUGUUUUUAGAGACAAAAGCCUUGAUUGGAUCAAUCAGUGUAACACAAUAUCACGGCCAAGACGACUUGUCAAUAAUAGGAUGUUUCUUUGUGACAAAACAGAAUCGCGGCAAAGGAGUCGGACAAUUCUUGUUCGAAGAAGCCAAAAAACAAUGUACAAAUCACAAAUUUCUGUUUGGAGGUAAGAUUUUUUUUAAAAAACUGAAAUUAAAAAUUAAUUUUCUUCUUAUAAUUUGACUACUGCAAUAUAAUAAUGAACAAGCAUUUUGAAGUUUAAAAAUUUAAUAAAACAAAACUAAAAUCUGAAUUUAGCUGCUUCAAUGACCAAAAAAUACGCAGAAGUACAUCAGUUUGACAAACUUCCCGACUACGCUGUGAUACGAAGAACAAUUGUCAUCAACCGACUUCGGCCACUUUUACUUAACAAUGAUCCUACUCUUAUACUGAAACACCCUGCCGCUGUUGGAUGGGAUCAUAUUGCCAAAGUAAGGCAUUUUACAAUUGGUAAACUUUUACUGUAAAACAUGGUGUAAUUCAAGACUUUUUUAUAUGAACAAUAAUAUAAUAUUGAUAAGUAAAUUUAGUACCUCCAAAAGUACUCAAGAACGUUGCAGACCAUACAUUGUGUCAAAGCUUUGAUGACACAACCUGGAGCUCAUCCUUUGGUAUGUUAUUUCUAUUUACGCGCAUAUCUUCUAUGUUAACUGACAAAAUACUGAAAUUUGAAAAUAUUUUUUUAAAAAUUAUUUUUUAUUUAUAGGUGGCAUUAACAACGGAAGACCGAAUAGUAGCUAUUGGUGUGGUCAAAGAACAAUAUAAUCAGACUUUGUCUGUUGGCCCACUCCUAGGCAACGACCCAGUAAGUAGUAGCCAGUAACAGUAAUUUGUAGCCUGUAUUAGUAAGUACCAGUCAGUAUUAGUAAGCAAUUGCCAAUAUUAUAGUUAAAAUAAAAAACUUGUUACUAGUGUUCUUUUAGAUAGCAACCUCAACUGUGUUACGUGGAAUCCUCCUCAACAUAGACAAUUUGAUGGAUUUCAAAAAGUUUGUGAUGGAGAGUCCUACGAAUAACGAGGAAAGCGAUAAAAUGAUAAGACAGUUGAGUGAAGGACAUUAUGAAGCCCACUUUGGCCAUGAAUUACAACCACAAUUCACGGAUUCUGUUGUUUCAGUGAGUUUAACGUUUUCUGAUCAAAAUGACUUUUUAACCCCUUUUUGCAACUCAAGCUCUAAGACAUGUUAGAAAAUAUGAACUUUGUUUGGGUAUUUUAAAUUGUUUUCUUAAAAAUAGAAAAUCACUAACUAUUAUGAUAUUCAGCUACCUGAUGCGCACAUAUACGGAAUCGGACAAAGCGACGUUUCUUUGAUCUGA